AUGGCCAGUCUGAACGUAUCCCUCUCUUUCUUUUUUGCCACCUGUGCCCUGUGUGAGGUGGCAAGAAGGGCAUCUAAAGCCCUGCUCCCAGCAGGCACCUAUGCUAACUUUUCCCGGGAGGCAGUAGGCGCAGCCCAGCUGGCAGCCUGCUGCCUCGAGUUGCGAGUGUUGGUGGAACUUGGCCCCUGGGCCGGGGGCUUCGGGCCCGACCUGUUGCUGACCCUGGUCUUCCUGCUCUUCGUGGUGCACGGGGUCACCUUUGAUGGGGCCUCUGCCAACCCCACUGUGGCCUUACAGGAGUUCCUCAUGGCCGAGGCUUCACUGCCCAACACCCUGCUGAAAGUGGUAGCCCAGGUCCUGGGUGCCCAGGCCGCCUGUGCCCUGACCCAGCACUGCUGGACCUGGGAGCUCAGUGAACUACACUUGCUGCAGAGCCUCAUGGCUGUGGACUGCAGCUCCACCCUGCGCACAUCCGUGCUGCAGGGUACACUGGUGGAGGGUGCCUGCACCUUCUUCUUCCAUCUGAGCCUCCUCCACCUGCAGCACAGCCUUCUCGUCUACAGGGUGCCUGCCCUGGCCCUGCUGGUUACUUUCAUGGCCUACACAGCUGGGCCCUACACAUCUGCUUUCUUCAAUCCCGCCCUGGCUGCCUCUGUCACAUUCCACUGCUCUGGGAACACCUUGCUGGAGUAUGCGCAUGUGUAUUGCCUUGGUCCUAUGGCGGGUAUGAUCCUGGCUGUCCUACUCCAUCAGGGCCACCUUCCCCGCUUUUUCCAGAGAAAUCUCUUCUAUCGGCAGAAAAGCAAGUACCGAACUCCCAGAGGGAAGCUGUCCCCAGGUUCUGCUGCUACCCAGGCGCCCACAAAGGAGUAUAGUGGCAAAAAGCUGUAG